UGGAGGCGGCGCGUGGGGGACGCGGUGGGGGAGGGUGACGCGGCGGCGGCGGCGGGAUGAGGGCUGCUGCUGCUGCUGGCUGGAGGUAGGGGGAGGGGAGAGAAGAGGAGGAGGAGAGGGGUCUCGCCUCGUUUCCCCGGGACUGGGAGAGUGGAACAUGGCGGUGGCGAGUGCUACAAGUGGCCGUCGGGACGCGCUGCAGUGAAGUGGCCGCCACGAUGCCCUUCUACAGCCGCGUGGUCGAGCCGCGCCACCUGGGCCGCCGCCACCGCGCGGGAGACGAAGCGGCGCUUCCCCUUCGCCAUGGCGUGGAGCUGCGGGACGGAGCGAACCGGGGUCUGGUGGGGCUGCUGCGGCAGCUGGGAGAGCUGAGCCGGCACGCCGAGGGGGUCCUGGCGGGGCUCGAGGAGGAGGCGAGUGCCGUGGGGGGCCGCGCGGGGCUCCUGGCGGCCCGCGUGGGCGCGCUCGGCACGGCCGUGGCCGCUCUGGAUGCCAAGCGGGUUCGAGUCCCUGUGUCGAGCCUGGAGGAGGGCGCCCGCCAGUGCGACCACUACCGCUCGUGGUGCGAGCUGCAGGAGCGAGUGCUGGCCCCAGAGACGCGGCCACCCUGCGUGUGGGAGUUGCACCGCGACGCGCGCUCCUCCCUGCGAGCCGCGCUCACAGACUGCGACUGGUUGCGAGGAGACGGGCACCCGUCGUCCGACCUCUACUCGCAGGGCCCCACGUUCGCGAGUCUCCCCGGAGGCCGCGCUUCGGCCGGGGAGGACGGUGAGGGGGCCCAGGAGCAUGAUGACGUUGCUCACGGGGGGCUCCUUCCCACUCCGGAGGAGCGGAUGCGGCGCCUGGCGCAGAACUUCCCCCCACACACGGUCGCCAUCGACGUGUCCGGCCUUGGGUUUGACCGCCAGGCCACAGUGCGCCGCUCAUACCUGGGCGGGGAUGGGACCCUGAAACGACGGCACAACAAAGCCGGCGCCUCCUCUUCGUCGUCUGCAGUCGCGGUGAUGUCCUCACGCCGGAGGACCAUCUCCGGCUUCCCAGAGAGCCUGCAGCAAGACUUGGCCUCCGUGGGGAGCGAGCUGCGCGCCCAGCGCGGUCGCUCGCUCUACCUGCACAGCACGGCCGACGUGGCAGCUGGAGGCGACGUGGCAGCUGGAGGCGGCGUGGGCGGCGGAAAGCGAGACUCGCAGUGUCAGACGGACGGCGCCGUGCGCGUGGUGGCGCCCUCCAUGCGCAGGAUCCGUGCCCAGCGGGGCCACGGCAUCGCCGCGCUCAUGUGCCGCCCGCCCGGUGCGGGGCCCGGUGACGACGGCGACGCCGAUUCCCUGGCCUACAAAAGCCUGCCUCGCCUGCCCUGGUGCCCACCUGGUCACGACAAGGGUGCACUGCGGAGGGACGCGGAGGCUUCUCACCUGGCCGCGUCGAUGCCCGGGCUACACGACCCCCGCAAUGGGCGAGGCUCCCCACGGGGAGCGACAUCUCCGCGACCGUCUCCGUGCAACCGCUCGGGCUGCUCGGCGGACGGCGGGGAGGCUGCGCCGAGGCAGAGCAACGGCCCGUGGGCCGCCGCGACGGCCUCCCGUCCUCGGUCGGAGGAGAUGGCGUCGAGCAAAUCGCCGUCGCUGCCCGUGGGAGUCAUCGCGCCGCAGGUGGCUGGGCGGCCUGGGCCAAACCACGGCGCAAACCUUCGCACCGGGUCGCCGAUGUGUCGGCACGGCAGGGAGAUGCCAGACGCGGCGGCGAAGGACGACGACGACGGCGGCGACGGUGACCGCCUGUCGUGGAGCGAGAGCGGCGCCUCUGUACAGAGCUUCGAGAUGUUCGAGCCGAGCAACUCGGAAACGUCCGACACCAAUGGCUCCGAGUCGACGGUCACCUCCUCCGGCCGCUCGGGACCGGCGCGAGGGUACCGCCCAUCGGCGCAGGCGCCCUGGCCAGCCACGGCGAAGUGCCCGGACCGCCUGAGCCCGGCGCCCGGCCAACACUGGAUCUCGUGUGGCGGCUCCUCGGCCCACAGUUUUUACGGGAGCGCCGAGGGCUCCUCGACGGGCACCGAGUGCGGCUCCAUGUACUCGGUGGACGCGGACGGGUUCUACACGUCCAUGCACGUGGACUGUGGCCUCUCCAGGGCAGGCGCCAGCGGCGCUUCGGCCACCCUCGCGAUGCGCCAGGAGGAGCGGCGGUUGUCGGAGGGGAGCAGCGACAGCGCCGUGCUUCGCGCGGUGUCGCUCCGCAGGCCGAGGACGAAGCCUCCGCCACCGCGGAGGACCGACUCGCUCACCAGGAACUUCUCGCUCCGGCACGCGUCGGUGUCGCCAGAGCCGCUGCCCCCGCCGCCAGACGACGACCUCCUGGCGGAUGGUGGCGAAGGCUACGUCUCGCGCGACUGGUUCCCCCGCAGUCCCCCGGCGGUUCCGCGCGCCGGCGACGCGGCUCCCCCGCGGGGCCGCCGGAGCCCUUGCGGCAGAGCGGCGACGUCGCCUGCCGUGGGCGACUUCGAGCGGGUCCCGCCGCCCCUCCUCUACUCGCUGUGCCCCCUGACCCCAACGCCGGGCGAUGACGGCCACUCACGCUUCGAGUACGCGGAGAGCUGGCGCGACAGGGGCUCCGUCGCGGGAAGCGAGAAGUCGGCCACCUCGGACUCCGGCGGAAGUGCCGCGACGUCACGUGCCGACACGCCAUGCGACUUCCCCGCGCGGCCCUCCGGUGACACUUCGGGGCUCGGAGAGGGUUGCUCCUCUACUUUGUGCGCUGCCCCGGCCCCGGGUCACAGGCCUCGGCCUCCCGCGGUGCCGCAGCGCCGGUCGUCGCUGAUGACGGCGCCGGUUGACACAAGCGCAGAGGAGGAGGGGCCGCCCUCGCCGACAUCGUUCCCCCCCCCUCCACUUGAACUCCUCGCUCCACCGCCACAGUACCGGUCCUCCCCCCCCCUCGAGUCUUCCUUCGCCGCUCUUCCUCCUCCUCCGCUGCCCUCUCCGCCGUGGUCUCCCGCCUCCUGGGCAGAGGGGCGUGCGCACCCUCCGGACGCCGAAGGGAACCGGAUGCGGGACUGCAGCGCGACACCGCCGGCACUGCAAACCUGCAGCACGCCGUCUGUGGAGACGCUGCGGGCGACGGCCAUGGCGAGUGAUCCGGGGAUGGAGGCCGGAGGCACGCGCAACGGCGAGACGGCGCCGCCGAAGAAGACGAAACCUCCGAUCCUGCCCAAGCCGCCGUCGCCGCGGAGAUACGGCAACCCCUUCGGUCUGACCGCCGGGGGGUUCCGGGAGGGAGGCAGCCCCCCCAAGGACGAGGCGGCGCGGGCGUCACGACAGGAGCUGUGCAGCGGAGAGGCUCCGCUCGGAGCACCCAAGCCCGGAGGUACAUGCCGCCCGGUGGAGAGCGCAGUGAGGAGAGACGCCUGUGCCACGCAGGAGAGUGCCGAGCCUUCUGCCAAGAACGACAGCGGCUGCCCCGCGCUGGUGGACGGAGACUCUGUGAUCCCGGCAGAACAUUCCCAAAAUCAGUUGUCCCACAUCACUUGCAGCGCGAUUCGGUCCAGCAAGUCCGAAAGCCAUUCCAGUGAAAUGCAGUCUAGAACAUCUGAAAUCCAUUCCAAUGAUCUUAAGGCUGACACGCCUGAGUCCCAUUCCGGUGAAAUCCAUUCCAGCACCUCUGACAUCCAUUCCCCUGACCUCCGGUCUUGCAUGCCUGACAUUCAAUUAAGCGGAAUUCAGUCCAUUAAACCUGACAUCUAUUCCAUUAAACCUGAAAUCCAGUCUAGUAAACCUGAAAUCCAGUCUAGUAAACCUGACAUCCAGUCGAGUAAACCUGAUAUCCAGUCUAGUAAACCUGAAAUCCAGCCCAGAGUGCCUCCUGACCAGGCCAGCAGCCUCCCAGCAGGGAGGAAGCCCCCUCCCCCCGUGGCCAAGAAGCCCACGGUGUCGUCUCUCGGGCUCGUUUCAUCGUCCGGCGUGCCGCCAUGCUCUCCUUCCCCCUCGUGGCCCUCGUCACAGGCGUCGCCAGUGCCGGAGGCGUCCCCUGCAGAACGGGCAUCGGGCCGUUCCCUGGCCGCGACCGCCGAUGUGCGGCGCUCGGAGCCGGCCGGUAUGGCCCUGGGAGUUGCGGGGACUCCGCCGCCAUCACCUGCACGCCCCUCCACGUCCGCGGAAUUCGCCACGAGUGCCGGACAAUCGCCGGGCGUGGCCUGUGCAGAUGUGGGGCGCGGCGCAGUAGAGGAGGAGGAGCGGGAGGUGGUCUCAGUGGUCCCGGUAGACCCAGUGGGAGGAGGUGGAAGAGGGUCUGAUGCAACAGACUCGGCACUGCGCCGUUGCUGUCUUGGUACGGAGGCAAGGACAGGAGAUGAGGAGCGGCUGUCGCAAUUGCAGGUGGUGGCGGUGACGGCGGAGGAGGCAGUGGGCGAGGCCUCCGAGGACGUGUUCACCGACAACGACACGGAGGCCGACGAGCGGUGGGACGCCGCGGAGCGGAGUGCCGGGAAUACGGCAGCCCCGACCCACACCCUGAGCCACACACGCACCACGGAGGACCUCUUCGCAGCCAUCCACAGGUCCAAGCGCAUCCAUCUGGGCCGCCACAACUCGGACGACACUUUCCUGCGACACCGGUCCAUGUCGCCACCCGUGCGUUCGCCGGGGACCCCGUCACCCGGCGGGGUCCCCGGGGGGGCGCGAGGCCCCCCGGCACGCCGCGCAGGUCGCAAGCAGAGCACCAGCAGCGACGACUUCAAAGCGCUGCUGCUCCGCAAGGGCGCGCGCUCCGACGUCGGCACGCGCAUGUCGGCCGUGGAGAUGCUGAGGUCGGCGCGUUCGCCGGGCGCGCUCGCUGGGGCCACGGUGCCGGACCGGCCGGAGGACGAGGCGGAGUUCGCGGAGGCCGACGCGCCGGCGCGCGAUAAGAGCCGGCGCUUUGUCAGUGAGGGCUUCUCCCCGCGUGGCGGCGGCGGGGGAUUUGGCGGCUCGCCGGGGACGCCGCCACCACGCCUCGGCCGAUCCAACACCCCGCCGAGUGCCGGCUCGAGGCGCUACAACAACCGCAGCCGCCUGCACAGCACGCCCAUGCAGGCGAUUCGCGAGGGCGAGGGCGAGGCGAGUGGGGACGCGGUGCCCUCCUAGAAACCCGCCCCAUCGAAGCCCAUUAGGUCGCCGGAUUUGUGGCUCCCCACGCGUCCUCGCAUGGCCUUGGGACAGGCUCCUGCCGGGAGAGCGGUGGUGCUCACUCAGCUGUAGCCGUGCGCGGUAACGGCAUGCGUGGUGACGCCGUCACGGUAACGGCGUGCGCGUUUUUAACGGUAACUUAUUGUCUUAGGGCGGUGCGUAGCGAACGGGCGUGCGAGUGCACGGUGUCUAGAGAGCGGGCGGGCGGGCGUCCCAGCACCAUCGUGGCCUCUGCCCCUAAUGGAAGGUGCCCUGGUGGAGGAGGUGGCGUCGAAACGAACGCUAUCUCGCCUACUGUCCCCAUUCACGACGAUGUGGGGAGAACGCCCUCUUCUCUGCUCCGGGUUGGCAGGGGGUGCUGUGGGGGCAGGUAGAGAAACGGGUCCGACACUCCGUCUGGGUCGCUGGUAGACUGGAGGAGUAGGUGGCCCGUGAUUCGUAGCCACGGCCACAGUGAGAGGUGGAAUACUGGAUGUGGUGUGCCGGUUGCGGAAAUAUUUUUUAAGUAUCGCCAACCGACCUGGACAGACAUGACUAAAAUGAAUUCCUGGACGGUGCGCGAGCAGAAUUGCACUGCAUACGUUUGUGUGUUUUUAAUCGCGACGACGAAGAUGAUGAUGAUGUAGAAUUUGUAAGGUGCGCUGUUCGUUUAUUGUCUGAGAGAGGGAAAGAAGAGAGAAUGAGGAUGAUGCAGAUGCACGGAAAACCACAGAUAAGUGGGGGAAGGUCGCCAGAAAUGGCACCAGCAAUAUCCGAAGCUCUGUGGUCCUAUGUCGAGAUGUUCAACCAACUCCGUUAAUAAUAAUAAUGAGUUUUUUUUAUAAUUGUCAGGAAACCAGAGCACCUGGAGAACACCCACACGCCCGAGUUGGGAUAACAGAUGGAAAUGAACCCACUUGCUGUCCUGCCAUACCCCUGGCCAGCCAGGAGAAGGCGACCUCGACACGAAAGCAUGUGUUAUCCACCAACCCCCCGCCGCCUCCAGAGCGCAGGCUUGCAGGCCGUGUGCAGCGUAGCCAGCAGCUGACUGUGGGGCACUUCCAGUGUGGACCACCGUGGCGCCAUGUGGCUUCAGAGAUGGGGGCAGGGGGUGGAGUCACCCCCUGUGUGUGGGGAGGCGGGGGAUGGUGACGUCGGGAGAUAUUUGAGAUUGAAUUCAAAAUAAACUAUUUUCUC